UCCAAUAUCCACGGGGGCGAGAGACAGCAGGUAAUUAGAAGCAAUUAGCUGUCCCCCUGCCGGGAAGCCGGGCAAUUACCUUUUUCUCUCUUCCUCUUCCGUCCUUCCUUCUCCCGUGGAAGCGAUAGAAGUGUUUUGCUCCCCAAGCAGCAGUGUACGCUGAGCUGGCACAGGAAUGAGGGAUGAACUGAGCAGGAUUCGGUCUCCUCCUCCCGCCGCCGCGGUAGCCGCCGGCAGAGCAGUGCAUUGUGGAGGGUGAACGCGCCGCGGCCGCUGGAGCUGGCUUCCCGGGAUCGCGCGGCGGGGAGCUGUCCGAGGUGCUGAACGUCCCGGCCCCUGCACGCCCAUCUGCGCCCAUCUGACCCCUCCAAGUCCUGGCCUUUCUCCCAUCCCUCCGUCUGCCUGUCUAUUCUCCUCACCUAGGGUCGUAGCGUCUGGAGGAAAUCAUGGUGUUCGCUCCAGGUGAGAAACCUGGAAGCGAGCCAGAAGAGGUGAAGCUGCAGAAAGCCAGCAAACAGAUUGUGCAGAAUGCCAUCUUGCAGGCCGUGCAGCAAGUCUCCCAGGAGAGCCGGCAGAGUGGGGACAGAGCCCGUGACAGCCGGGGCAGCCUCCAGCUGGGCGUCGGGGAAUUAACCAAGAAGCACGAAAAGAAGUAACACCAUCGAUUGGGCUCUUGUCACCUGCUUGGUUUCCGGCCUUCCUCUUAGUAUAGGAUGCGUUGCCAAAAUGUUGCCAGUAAAGCAAACCAAAGUGUCAUCGGCACCUAGAAGUAGGACGAACUCGCGCUAGCCCUUGGCUGAGAUGCACUGUUUUGAAAAAGUGCGUUAGAUGAUUCUGUUUAUAUUAAUGCAGUGCCUCUGAAGGAGUGGGCCCAAACAGGACACUGUAAUUGCAGAAGUAGUUUUGCGGCACCAUUUAUUUUUAAGU